AUGGCGUUGCCUCUUAUGAAAAUGGAAGAAAUUCCACUUUUCUUCCUCUUCUCACUGUUCUUUGGUGUCUAUGUAUUUAGCAUGGUGGGAAAUGGGACCAUUGUCUGUGCUGUGAGGUUGGACAAACGACUCCAUACCCCAAUGUAUAUUCUCCUAGGGAACUUUGCUUUCCUUGAAAUCUGGUACAUUACCUCCACUGUGCCCAGCAUGCUAGUCAAUUUUCUCUCAGAGACAAAAACCAUCUCUUUCAUUGGCUGUUUCCUCCAGUUCUAUUUUUUUACUUCCCUUGGUACAACUGAAGCAUAUUUCCUGUGCAUCAUGGCAUAUGAUCGGUACCUCGCUAUCUGCCGCCCAUUGCACUACCCGACCAUCAUGACCCCACAACUCUGCUAUAUCUUGAUGUCUCUUUGCUGGGUUUUUGGGUUUCUGAGUUAUUCUGUCUCCACUGUGCAACUCUCUCAAUUGCCUUUCUGUGGACCCAACAUCAUCAAUCACUUCCUGUGUGACAUGGAUCAACUACUGGCUCUGUCUUGUGCCCCAGCUCCUAUCAGUGAGAUCAUCUUCUAUAUCCUGAGCUCCCUCAUUAUCAUCCUCACUCUUCUGUACAUCUUUGGCUCCUAUAUUCUUUUGCUGAUAGCUGUGUUAAAAGUCCCUUCAGCAGCUGGCCGACAGAAGGCCUUUUCCACCUGCGGAUCUCAUCUGACAAUGGUGUGUUUAUUCUUUGGGGCCCUCUUGGCUAUAUAUGUGAGCCCCACAGCCGAUAACCCAGCUGCAUUUCAGAAGAUUAUGACUUUGUUCUAUUCUGUGGUGACUCCCUUCUCGAACCCCCUGAUUUACAGCUUACGAAACAAGGAGAUGAAGGCUGCAUUGAAGAAUAUCCUGAGGAUACAGUGA